AGAAACAAGCGUGUUGGCGCUUGUUCCGUCGAAACUCAAUAUAAUGACUAACUGUAUAACUAAUACAAUAUCAGCAAUUAUCAGAGUUAACUUUGGUGUUGGACUAUGUGGAUUAAUUAAAUAAUAGAUUUUUAGCUUGACAUGUCUGAAAUUUUGUUCGGGAGUCUUGUCGUUAAUUGCACUUCUCAGAUGGUUUCUACCUGUGGCGGAGGAUGAGACUUUAAGAUGACAGUCCAACUGAUGGUGGCCUGCAUCCUAGUGUGGUUUCUCGGUGGCGUACAAGAGUCCGGAGGUAUACAUCCGUCUGUGCGCCGCAAAAGAGAAUCGGAAGCUGCAAACGCCUCCCUGGACGUACCCGAAGUCACAGCAGUAGUCGAAACCUUCGUGGAGGAGGACAGGGAACCUGACGAACAGAAACUCAUGAACCACAUCUUACGGGGCUACGAAAAGUCCGUUAGGCCAGUUAGAAACGCCACGUCCACCGUACAGAUAAAGAUGGGGCUUACAAUGACGCAGAUUUUUGAUAUGGAUGAAAAGAAUCAGAUACUGGUUACCAACGUAUGGCUCGACCAGGAAUGGAAUGAUGAGUUUCUUCGAUGGACACCAGAAGAAUUUGGUAACAUCUUCGUCAUGCGACUGCCAUGUGCGAAACUCUGGCUGCCAGACCUAGUACUUUACAAUAACGCUGCGGAAUACACGGACGAUCAAAUGCCAGCAAACGCUAUGGUACAGCACACAGGAGACAUUUUCUGGCCCGUACCAACAAAACUUCAGAGCACAUGCAAAGUGGACGUCACAUACUUUCCAUUCGACGAACAGAAAUGCAAGUUAAAAUUCGGUUCAUGGACAUAUGAUGGAUAUCAAGUUGACAUAACCAAUCGGACAGCUGAAGUAGACCUCAGUAACUAUGUAAAUAACGGAGAAUGGGAACUCUUGGAGGUUUUAGUACAACGAAAUGUUGUUUAUUACGCCUGCUGCCCCGAACCAUUCCCCGACGUCACAUUUUCCAUCACAAUAAGAAGGAGGACUUUGUAUUACAUGUAUAACGUCAUAUUCCCGUGUAUCAUGAUGUCGGCGUUAACUCUGUUGGUGUUUUGUCUGCCGCCUGAUUCCGGGGAGAAAAUUGCCUUGGGUAUCACAGUGUUGCUCGCUUUCUCCGUCUUCAUGUUAGCCGUGGCGGAGAAUCUCCCUGAGACUUCUGAAUUCGUUCCAUUAAUUAGUAUUUAUCUGACCAUUGUCAUGUCAAUGACAUCUGUGUCCGUGAUAAUGACUGUCUUUGUCUUGAAUCUCCACCAUCGAGGUCCCAAUAGACAAACCGUACCUUCGUGGCUUAGACAGACACUCCUGGUUCGAAGAAUGCCCAGCUUAAAUUGCUGGAAAAAACGACGGAAUAUGGACGAGUAUUAUAAUCCUAGUGAUUCUUUAUAUACGAAAAAUAUGUCUUUGAGAUUAACAAUAGAAAAUAUCGCUCAAGAGCUUAAAGAUGAGUUGGAACAUUCGGCUAGCGAUGGCACCACAGACACACUCAGCACGACUGCGGAGAGGCUAGACCAUUGUUCGUACCACGGACAUAGCCCCGGGGAUUCCCGGCGGCGACAGUACCGCAACAGUAACAAUCAUCCUCGAACCAAUACGGAGAUACUGGAGGCUUUAAAACGAUUGGUGGAUAAACAGGAUAAAGAAGAACAAGAGGAUGAAGUUAUGCAAGAGUGGCGCGAGGUGGCGCAGAAAGUGGACAGGAUCUUGUUUUGGAUUUUUCUGGUUGGGACAUUAGGGUCAACCAUCUUGAUUCUCGUAGUUGCUCCUGUCAUGAAAAUAUUGUAAUGAGACUGAUCAGGCGUAAUAUACAUGUGCAUUUAUGUGUAUGAUGAUACCACUAUAAUUUUCUUCUUUUCUAUGAUUGCACAUGGAUAGCGAUACCUGUUUAAAUGUGCCGGAGAUUUUCAUCAUGUUGAUAGUUUUCUUUUUUCACGAUAAAUAAUGUUUAGUUUAUUUCUCAACUUCAACGCCAAACAUGAAUAUUGGCCAUCGUAUACCUCACUGUAUGGGGCGGUUCUUCGCUCUGCUUCCUCCAAAACAUCUUCAUCAUCCUCAUUACCUGCUAACUUCUUGAGGUGGAGCAAAAGCUGACCUUAGCAUUCUGUUUCUGUGUGCUUCGAAAACAUAUCAUUUUGGUGAUAUGAUACUGAUAGUCUGCAAACUAUAUCUUCGCUAAACCCAUGGCUGACGAAUCACUUCUGAUUCUUAGGCUAUUUCCCUUGUGCACUGAAUCACCAGCAUGUGCAGAGUAUGAAUCAAAACACUAUACAAUCAUUUUCAUAUGCCUAAAUCAUUUUAAACAAACAUCAUAUACCUUUGAAUGGCACAGAGUUUUAAUACACCCUGUAUUACUGAUCGGUUAUCUACAG